AUGAAGUUUUCUGCAGUUUUUUCUACCUUUAUGGUAGCCGGCCUGGUUCUCGCUGCUCCUCCUGCUCCACGCCCUACUGAUAUCCAAGCUCACCAUCACUCCAACCCUCCUCCCAACGCUCCUCUUCCCAAACCCCACGACAACAACAAGCGUGAUGGCCCAGAGCCUCCUAAUGAUGAGCCUACACCCGACGCUCCCAAGCCUGCGAAUGAUCCCCAGCCCCAUGAUCAGCCCAAGCCCAUCCCUCAACCCUCUAAGGACGCGCCCUUUCCCAGCGACCCGAAUCCCCCACAGAAGCGCAAUGACGGACCGAAGCCUCCUAAGGAUCCUCAGCCAAAACCUCAACCAAAGCCUCAGCCUAAGCCCCAGCCUAAGCCCCUGAAUGACAAGCCGCAGGAUCCGCCUAGGCCCAACUAG